UUAUCUCAGAAGGCGGCGAGUCUCACGCGUAUUGGGGAUUACAUCGUUCUGGCGAUUUUGCCCUAAUUUCAAAUCGAGUCACACAAUCAUUCAGAUCAUCUCAACAAUAUAAACAAAUCUCCAAUCGAUCCUCCGCAAAGGCGAUUCACAACAUCAAUCGCUGAAAAUCGCGUUUCGUUUCGUCUAAUUUCGACAAUUUCUGCCCUAUAUAUUCAGGAUUCACAACAACUUGAAGAAAACCGUCAAUCCGAACGCAGAUCUGUGAAAUUCGAAGCGAAUCUGUUGCUGUUUCGGAAGAUUCAAGCGCAAAAGAAGAUCGACAGCAAGCGAAAACUGAUUCGGAGGUUUCUAGGGUUUCUCGCUCGUGAAAUCCUUCAAUUUUACAUUGAUAUUGAAGUUCUACGGUUUCUAGCUCGUGAAUAUUUUCGGUUUUAAUCGAUAUUGAAAUUCUAGGGUUUCUCUGGCUGGUAAAAUUCGUGUACACGAUUGCAAUAGUGUUACGCACGGAAGAAUCUGCGCAGAUUGUUCGAGAUCUACAAGUUUUGAGAGCCGGAAGAUGUUUUACGGAUUGAUUGAAGCGGUUUGCUGAUUUGCCGUUUGAAGCGAGUGGAUCUGAGGCGGUUUGAUCUUUUCCAGAGUUACUGAAGUGUGGAAAAACGAAAAAAAAAAGUUCUUCUUCGUUGAUAUUUGUACUGUUAUUAUUAUAUAUUGUUGUUUAGGUGUUCAAUUCAGGCGGUUGAUAUUUUUCGUUCAUAUUAACGCCUUUAUUGAUACUAGUAUUGCACAUUUGUGCUUGUUUCUGAUAUCUUAUUUUUGAGGGAAAAGAAAAGGAAUUUUUAUAUUAAUUAUGGCAGUAUAUUACAAGUUUAAAAGUGCAAAAGAUUAUGACUCGAUUCCAAUCGAUGGCCAUUUUAUAACAGUUGCCUCUUUGAAAGAGAAAAUAUAUGAAUCUAAGCAAUUGGGCAGGGGCACUGAUUAUGAUCUUGUGGUCACCAAUGCCCAGACUAAUGAAGAAUAUCUCGAUGAAGACAUGUUGAUACCAAAAAAUACUUCUGUUUUAAUACGUCGAAUUCCUGGACAGCCUCGCAAGCCUAUAGUUGCAGCACCACUUACUGAACAAGCCGAGUCAAAAGUGGUUAACGAGCUGGAGAGUGCACAACAGGCAAAGAGUAACUUUUCAGGGGCUGGUCUCUCUGUGACUAACUAUCUUGAUGGUUCAGAAUACGAUGAAUUUGGAAACGAUUUGUAUGAAAUUCCCGAAGUUGUUCCAGUUGUGUCCAACAUUCAACUUCAGGAAGCUCCUGCUCCUAGUAAAGCCGACGAGGAUAGCAAAAUUCAGGCUUUAAUUGAUACACCAGCCUUGGACUGGCAGCAGCAAAAUCUUGAUGUAUUUGGUGCUGGUAGAGGCUUUGGGCGUGGCAUGGGUGGUAGAAUGGGGGCGCGUGGUUUUGGACGGGGCGGUGGUUUUGAGCGGAAAACACCACCACCAGGUUAUAUAUGCCACAGAUGCAAAACACCAGGCCAUUUCAUUCAGCAUUGCCCUACAAAUGGUGAUCCUAACUUCGAUAUUAAGAGAGUGAAACCUCCAACUGGCAUUCCAAAAUCUAUGUUAAUGGCUACACCAGAUGGUUCAUAUGCAUUACCCAGUGGUGCAGUCGCAGUUCUGAAACCAAACGAGGCUGCUUUUGAGAAGGAGAUUGAAGGUAUGCCUUCGACGCGCACAGUCGGUGAUCUCCCUCCGGAACUUCACUGCCCUUUAUGCACACAGGUGAUGAAAGAUGCUGUUUUAACAAGCAAAUGCUGUUUCAAAAGUUUCUGUGAUAAAUGUAUACGAGACCACAUUAUCAAUAAAUCAGUAUGUAUCUGUGGUGCGACAAACGUGCUAGCAGAUGAUCUUCUACCGAAUAAGACAUUACGAGAUACAAUAAACCGAAUACUGGAGUCAAAUAAUAGCAGUGCUGAAAAUGGUGGCAGUGCUUAUCAUGUUCAAGAUAUGGAGUCUGCUAGAUGUGCACCGCCACCACAACAACCUAAGGUUCCAUCCCCUUCACCAUCUGCAACCUCCAAGGGGGAGCAAGUGCCGCCACAAAACGGGGAUGAUACAAAGAUGCCACCGGGACCCGCAGAAAAUAAUGCGACUCCUGUAGUUCAGCAGACAAUCUCUGAGAAAGGAAAAGUCAAUAAAGCCCCUGAUGUCUCUGAAGCUACAUACGAGUCGAAGAGUAUGAUGGAACCAGCAGCAUCACAGGGUAGUGGUCGACCCGCUGAUGAUGAAGUACAACAGAAACAAGUUCCUACUGAAGCAGCAAAAAAGAAGAAAAAGAAGAAAGUUAACAAUAUGCCUACAAGUGCAGCAGAGAUGCAGUGGAGGGCCUCGCAGGAGUUUGCGCUUAUGAACUGGAUGCCUCAAGGUCCUAAUCCGUACAAUCCUUAUUGGAACGGGAUGCAGCCCGGAAUGGAUCCAUUUAUGGGCCCGUAUGGUGGUGGCAUGCCAUAUAUGGGUGGUUACGGGCUUGGGCCCAUGGACGUUCCUUUUGGAGGCAUGUUUCCGCAAGAUCCAUUUGGCGCUCCAGGAGGGCUCAUGAUGCCUCCUUUUAUCCCACCUCAAAGGGAUCUUGCAGAGUUGGGAAUGGGCAUGAAUGGUGGUGGGCCCCCCAUGAGUAGAGAAGAAUUUGAAGCACGGAGGGCUGAAUUGAAGUGGAAGCGUGAUUCGGAGAAACGUGGUGGAACCGGAAGCAGCAGAGAAAUACCAAAAGAGAGGGAAUUCAACCGAGAGGCACGCCGCAACGAGGAUGGUCCUCCAAUGAAGUCGAAAACCAGACCAACUCCGCCACCAAGCAGUGAGGGUCACCAUCACAGAACCGAAAGACGAUCACCCGACCGCCGCCGUUCUCGGGACGAUGUUCCUCCAAGCCCAUCCUCAAAGAGGAAAUCUUCUAGCGAUCGUUAUGAUUACGAUGACUACGAAGACGCACACCACCACCGCCACUCGUCGCAGCAGCACAAGAGUCACCGCCGGUCAGAAUCAUCAUCCACCAGAAGACCGUCCCAAGCGCCGCCAAGCUCAGAUUCCAAACCAAUCGCAGCAUCAGCUUCUGCUGCCGCCACCAGUGAUGGGAAACACAAGCCGAGUGUCUUCUCUCGCAUCAGCUUCCCUGAGGAAGAAGCGGCUGCUGCCGCUGCAGCUUCCAAGAAACGUAAGGUCACAUCAAGUUCAUUAGAAGCUGCGGCUGCAGCCGGAUCCAUUGGGGUGUCCAGGAAGAGCAGCACGAAGGCUGCUGCUGCCGCUGCCGUUCCUGUAGAUUAUGAGUCCAGCGACGAAGAUAGACAUUUCAAGAGGAGACCUUCGAGAUACGAAUCGUCUCCGGUGCGGGAACGUGACCGUGAUCGUGAGCACUACAGCAAGCACAGAUAGCACGAAACAAGAUACGUGCACAUUCGGGCGGCUUACCCCUACUCAGGAACUUAAAGUCGUGUGUUGGUUUUUCCAUUUGGAUGUAUCACCAUAAUUUUACUUGAUAAAAUGAGUAAAAUUAUAUACUUUAGCCGUUUAUGUGUAUUUUUGUUUUGGUUUGAUGAAAUAUACAUUUUCAAGAAAUAAAGGUACUGUUCAUACAA